AUGAUUUCCGAAGGCAGCUCCUUCGUGAAGGGCGUGGUGCUGGGCGGAGCCUUCUGCAUGCUGGUCACACUCCUCGGACACAUGAAGGUGGGCCACGGGCCUAAAGCACAUCACCACGAGCAUCACCACAUCCAGGCUCCCAACAAAGAAGACGUUUUAAACCUUUCGGAAGGCGAACGCGUGGAGUUCAGUAAAGGUAUCCGUGUUUAUUGUAUCAUCCUUGUGAAACCGAAAGAUCUGGGGCACUGGGCUGCAGCAAAAGAGACGUGGAGCAAGCACUGUGACAAGGCGGAAUUCUACAGCUCUGAAAACGUCAAAGUGUUUGAUUCUGUAGCCCUCAACACAAAUGAUAUGUGGGCAAUGAUGAGAAAAGCUUACAAGAUAACAUAUGAACACUAUAAAGAUGAAUUCAGCUGGUUCUUCCUUGCGUAUCCAACAACAUUUGCUAUUAUUGAAAAUCUCAAGUAUUUCUUACUGAAGAAAGAUGCCUCACAGCCUUUUUACAUAGGCCACACUGUGAAAUCUGGUGACCUUGAGUAUGUUGAUGGUGAUGGAGGAAUCGUCUUAAGCAUUGAAUCACUGAGACGACUCUCCCGUGUUUUUGAGGACUCCGACAAGUGUCCGGAGCAGGGAGGUAUGAUUUGGAAACUUGCCGAGGACAAGCAGCUAGCAAUCUGCCUGAAGUACACUGGAGUGUUUGCCGAAAACGCGGAAGAUUCUGAAGGAAAAGACGUCUUUAACACUAAAUCGGUUGGUGCUCUCAUUAAGGAAGCCAUGUCUACGCACCCUCAGCAGGUGGUGGACGGCUGCUGCUCCGACAUGGCCAUCACGUUCAGCGGACUGGCCCCGAACCACAUGCACGUGAUGAUGUACGGCGUGUACAGGCUGAGACCCUACGGCCACACGUACAACGAUGCGCUCAUCUUCCUUCCGCCUGUGGGCUCAGACAAUGACUGA